AUGUGGAAAUGGUCCUCCUUUGGACACGAGCUAUCCUUCUUGCAAUCCCUGGAGCACCGUAACAUCGUCAGGGUGUUGGCUGCUGUUCAGUGCCCGUCCUAUUUGGGCUUUGAGAUGGGGUAUCAUCCCACGGAUCUUUGCCGUGGGCUGCUUGAUGUGACUUACUCCGAGGCGGAAUCCAACACAAGUCAGCUCACGGACGUCAUGUGCUACUUGCACGGUCAGUGCGUCAUCCACGGAGAUCUCAAGCUAGGGAACGUUCUCCCAGACAGAGCCGGCGUGGUCAAACUCUGUGACUUCAGUCACUCUCAGGUCAUUCCCGAGGAUACAGACAAGCCCGACGGGUGGAGAGGCACCGACGGUUAUCUGCCACCAGAGUUAUACGACAGCCAAGUUCACAAUGCCUUCAAGAUGGACAAUUACUCCCUGGGCAUCUUGCUGUGGGCUUUGUUCUACGGGACUGCUCCGCGCGACAACAUUGACUAUCUGUACAAAGUGGAAAACGGUUCGUUUCUCAAGCCACAACACAAACACUGUCUUCAGCGGCUUCUGGCUCUCUCCCCGACACACCGAGCAGACAUUUGGGGAAUUGCUGGGAUUCUCAAGGACGAGGACACAUCAGAACGUCGCGUGAGGCAGGGCUCUUGUGUGUUCUGUGAGCUCCCUGAGUUCUUCCGACUCUGCUCAAGCGAACCAGUCAUCUCCAGACAACGGUUCUUCUGUAACGGAAUGUCCAGAGAGUGCGGUCGUGUGGAAUCAGUUCUUUGCCCCACCACCCCCAGACCCCCAGGCAACAUCCUGCUACCUUCUUCCUCAAACGGCAUAUCCUGA